AUGGCCAGUCCGGUGGGAGAGGAGAACUGGCUCUCCUACUUGGAGGAGGCUGCGCGCAACGCUACCGACCUGGAGCAAAGUGUCAAUAUUAUCGAAUUAUAUAAAAAGGCCACGACUGCGGAGCCUGGCAGCCUGAGAAUAUGGGUGGCAUACUGUCAAUACUUCUCUUCACUUCGCGCCGCAAGCGCCAGCGCCGACACAGGAUGGUCUGACGACGAAAAUGCGAUUGGACGAGAAGUUUAUUCACUCGAGGCGGAACUGGAGCUAUGGAAGCAAGGCUAUGAUGCCAUCAAAUUCCGCGUUGGUGACAGUCAUCUACUUUGGGAUAAAUGGAUCGCUAUCGAGAAAGACCAGCUCGCCACCUCUGAGCAAACCGAACCCGUCACAAGAAUUAUCGACGAAUUUAAACGCCGCCUGACAACCCCACACAUCACAUGGGAUGAGACAUCGAGAGCUUUCUCUAGCUUCCUCUCAGAGUACGACCGGAGCACGUGGGAGACUUUGAUGAAAGAAGUUACUUCGUCCGCCCAGGCAACCAAGGCCAUCAUUAUGGCGCGAGACCCCUUCGAGAUGCGUAUCAGCCAAUCGAUUAGGCAAGCUGAUCCAGAGCUUCAGCAAAAAACUAUGCACGAAUAUCUUGAAUGGGAAACGGCACAGAGCUGGAAAGAUCAACAUAAUGCGCAGCUCGCGGCAGAUAUUUGCGCCGGUCUCUACGACAGAGCACUUGCGGGUAUAUUUACGUUCGAUGAAACGGUAUGGUAUGGGUACUUGUCAUUCCUGUCGGCCCGCCCCCAGCUCCAUCCGCCUGACAAGCUGUUCGAUGCUGCGCGCCGCGCUGUUCAACAUUGUCCAUCGUCCGGCCGCCUUUGGGCUAGGUACCUACUCUGUGCGGAAGAGUCUGGGUUGUCAUUUGAACAAAUCGAAUCAAUCAAGACCUCUGCUACAGAACAGGAGCAACUCUGCUCUAACGGCAUGGAUAGCCUGAUUGAAAUAUAUCAAUCGUGGUGUGGAUACGUCAAACGAACUGCUAUGAAGGCGACUGACUCCGAUGAACUUGUGGAGAUAGCUGAUGCUGCUAUUAAAUUUUGCAUUGACGAUGUUAAAACUACAGGCAACAAGCUAUACGCCAAAGAUUUCCAGGGCGACCCCAAGCUGAGGUUGGAACGAAUAUACCUGCAGUUCCUCGCCGAGGUGAAAGAUGCUGUUCCAGAAGCCAGAGCCUUGUGGAAGAAGCUGGCCAAGAUCAAAAUUUAUGCGGACAAAUAUGAAUUCUGGACACUAUAUUAUACAUGGGAAAUGGCCAUUUUUUGGACUGAGCUUCAUCAAAACCAAGGACCCAUGUCCAUACCGUCAGACCGCAUACCGUCGCUCGCCACCGAAGUCUUACACAAAGCAUCAUUACGGCGCACUAUCGACUGGCCUGAAAAGGUCCUCGAGCUAUACAUGCAGCACUGCAAUGACUACGAAUCACCUGAAUUGCUGCGCAAAUGUCUGGACAACGUAUACAGGGCCGAAAAGGGAGUCAAAAAGCGUCGACAGCGUGAGGAGCAAGAGCAAGCUGCCGCUUAUGCUGCUUAUUAUGCUUCGGCGGCACCGGAGACGCAGGUUGGCGCUGCUGAUGAUGCACAAAAGCUAAACAAGAGAAAACAUGAUUCCUUGACGAGUAGUGAUGGAUCUGUACAAGCCUCUGUGAAGCGCCAGAAAAGCACACAGGACGAGGUUGAUGUACAGGCAAGCGGUUCUCAACCUGGGAAGCGCGACCGCGAAAACUCUACGAUUAUCAUUUCUAAUCUCCCGCCCGAUACGACGCAAAGCAAAGUACGCCAAUACUUCAAGGACUAUGGCCAUAUAAAAAGUUUUACUGCCUUUGUGAAGGAGGAAGACCGCAAUUCCAUCACUGCACUGGUUGAGUUUACGUCGUCUGCUGAAGCUGAGUCUGCCCUGCUUCGCGACCAAAAGUAUUUCGGGGAGCGCCAAAUACAAGUUGGAUCAGGGCAUGACUUGACGGUUUAUGUCGCCAACUACCCCCCCACCGCGGAUGAGAGAUACGUACGUGAGCUGUUCCAAGACUGUGGGGAGAUUUUGAGCAUUAGAUGGCCCAGCUUGAAAGUGAACGCACAUCGUCGCUUUUGCUAUGUCUCUUUUCGUGACCGCGCCGCGGCAGCUUCAGCGGUGGCAAAAGACGGAAGGCUUCUCGACGGCAAGUUUAAGCUAUUAUCCAAAUUUUCGGAUCCCGCACAAAAGAAGGACCGCGAAGGUGCCGUCGCCGAAGGUCGCGAAGUGCACGUGGCAAAUUUGGAUAGUGCCGUCGUGGAAUCAGAAAUACGAGACAUCUUCUCGAAGUACGGAACAGUCACUCGGGUCAACAUACCACGAGGAUUUUCCGGCAAACCACGGGGCUUCUGCUUCCUCGACUUUGAGACUAAAGAGCAGGCCCAAAAGGCAGUGUCUGAACUGAACAACACGAAGUUCCGCCAUCAAAUAUUGCAAGUAUCCUUAUCCAAGAUGUCCAAGGUCAAGACAACUGCAAAGUCUGUCACUACAGCUGCUGUGGACGCCGACGGGAAUUCUUCUAUGGCGGCCAGCGUAGGUGGGACAAGGGGUAGUGCUGUUGCCGCCGAAGACAUAAGUGCUCGCACUAUUGCUCUCUUUGGCCUCCCCGAUACUGUGAACGAUGCUAGAGUUCGGAAGCUUGUGGACCCAUUCGGUUUUAUCAUUCGACUGGUGAUGCAGCCAAUGCAUGGCGGUGCCAUCAUUGAGUUUGCAGAUACUGCUAGUGCCGGUAAAGCAGCUCUUCAGCUCAAUAGUGUGGAGUAUGAGGGGUACAAGCUGCGCACAGGCUCACCAGAUGAGCUUCGACGAGCGAAAGCAGAGCGCGGCGAUGGCCAACCAGCCACAAAAGCAAAGGACAAGCAAGCACCAUAUGGUAGUAGUGCGAGCGAAAAAGUUGCGAGCAGCAGCGGCUUCAUGCCUGCACCCAGUGGAAUUCGCCGCCCCGUGGUGGCUCGAUCUGGCCCGAAACGUGGUUUGGGGUUCCCACCGCGAAAGGUAGCUAGCAGUGACGAGGUAGCUCACAAGGACCCGUCAGCAACUAGGCCGAAGAAGAGCAAUGUUGAUUUCAAGGCUUUGUUUCUCGCCAGCGGCAACAAAAAGGGUGAGGAGAAUGGCCAUGAAUGA